UGUAGUCUAAUUUGAAUACAUUACUCGAUUACAUUGUUCACUCUCAUAGCGAACAAGUUUCAGCCAUUCAGUUAAUAAAAUGGCAUACUUGAAACUGGUGCUUGUAGUUUCCAUAACAGAGUUGGUGCGGGCGGAUCCUAGUCUCAAAUUUCCACCGGGGUUCAAAUUUGGAACAGCUACCUCGGCUUACCAGAUCGAAGGUGCUUGGAAUGUCAGCGACAAAGGAGAGAGUGUAUGGGACAGGUUCACACAUGCACGAUCCGAUGUGAUACACAACGGACACACGGGUGAUGUAGCAUGCGACUCUUAUCAUCAGUGGAAGAAAGAUGUACAGAUAGCCGCCGAGUUAGGACUUCAUCACUAUAGAUUCUCCAUAUCUUGGACCCGACUUUUGCCCUCUGGAAUUUCCAACUAUGUUAGCGAAGAUGGGAACAAAUAUUACAGUGACUUAAUUGAUGGACUCUUGGAGAAAGGAAUAGAACCUAUGGUCACUAUAUUCCAUUGGGAUUUGCCACAGCGCUUACAGGAUCUUGGUGGUUGGACCAAUCCUCUAAUAUCGGACUGGUUCGCUGAUUAUGCCAGAAUCGUAUACUCCUUGUACGCUGACAGAGUAAAAUUUUGGAUAACCAUCAACGAGCCACUAAUCUUCUGUGACUUCGCGUAUAAUUCUGGUAAAAUGGCACCGGGAACUAUUGAUCCAUAUGUUGCAACUUAUUUGUGCUCAAAACAUGUUUUGUUGGCUCAUGCGAAAGCUUGGAGAAUUUACGAUGAAGAAUUCAAGCUGAGAUUUCAUGGAAAGGUGUCGAUUGCAAACCAGCUAAUAUGGUAUGAAGAGAUAUCGCCUGCUGAUAAAGAGACGGUGGAAUUUCUUAACCAAUUGUCGACUGGUAUUUAUUCACAUCCCAUCUAUUCCGAAAAAGGGGGCUGGCCUCCUGGCAUCGAGGAGAUAAUUGCGGAAAAAAGCAAAAAAGAAGGUUACCCUCGGUCUAGACUUCCUGCUUUUUCUAAUGAAGAAAUAAACUUGAUUCGAGGUACUUACGACUUUUACGCGCUGAAUUACUACACGUCUCGUGUAGUGCGACCUUUAAAGGAUGGGGAAAUAGCUGGACCUUGGCCCAUAUUUGGUUCACUUGAAUUUGGUAUUGCUACAGACACCCUACCAGAAUGGGGGAAAAGUCAAAUCGAUGUGUUUGUAACUUUCCCCGCGGGUCUUCGACACAUGAUGUCAUGGCUGAAAAAUAACUAUGGCGACAUACAAAUAUUCAUCACAGAAAACGGAUACCCCAACAGAGAGGAGAAAGAAUUGCACGAUAUUGACCGAAUUCAGUUCAUACAUGACCAUUUGGAACAGGUGCUUCUGUCAAUACAUGAAGAUAAUAUUGAUGUUAUUGGAUACACCGUUUGGAGCCUUAUGGACAAUUUGGAAUGGUUCGAGGGAUACAGUGUGAAAUUUGGUCUGUACAAAGUCGACUUUGAAGAUCCGCAGAGGUCACGCAGUCCCCGAAAGUCCGCGGAGUACUACAGGAAAGUGAUCGUUAACCAUGCACUUGUUCCCGUCAAAUACCUAUAUGACGAAUUAUAAGAUAUAUUCAAAAUUAAUGCAUUAAACCUUAUUAUAAUUUGAUUCAAUUAUUUUUUCAUUUUUUUUGUCGUUGUUUUUAAUUAGCUAUUAUUUUUUUUUGUCUCCACGAAUUCAUAAUUUAUAUCAGACAUUUAAAAGUUGACUAUAAGUCCGCCACUGUACUAAUUAUUUUCUUAAAAACUCUGUAUCCUAUAAUUUAAGACGAUAAAGUGUUACAAACAAACAAACUGUUGACGUCUAAUAAUAGUACAAAUCAAUAAUUUAAGAUUUGUUAAACAAAAAAAAACUUCGUCUUCAAAUGUAAAAUAACCAGUUAUUUUGGUUUAAAAACUAAACCACCGAACCGAUUUUGAUAACUUUUUUAUGAAACCAAUCUGAAAACAUAUUUAUUUAUUUAUACUUUUGCAUACAUUAAAAUAUGUGUACAGGGCGGACUUAAUGCCUGAUGGCAUUCUCUACCAGUCAACCGUUACGAGCAACAGAGAGAGUAAAUGGCGGUGCAUAGAUUUAUAAAAAAAUUGUAAAUUAAAUAAAUAUUUAAUAUAUA